AUGGCUGGUUUCAAACUCAGUACAGAUUGUAAGGACCACAAUCUACAAGGACAUAAACAGUCUGGUGUAUACAUCAUACAUCCCUUUGAUAACGAAAUCCAAGUCAACGUGUACUGUGACAUGGUGACAGAGGGCGGAAGGUGGACACUGACCAAGGGAGGUAACUCAUCCCUCUACGUCUCAAUUACAUUAAGUAAUGGUACAACUCUCUACGAAGUUUAUCAACACUUCUCUGUGUCUGGUGAAGAAGGCAACUACAAACUCUUUCUAGGAGGACCAGCUAUUGGGUCCUUGGGUUACAGUAUGUUAAAGUCUGGAUAUUCUUGGGCAAAACUGUCUGGGAUGUCAUUCAGUACGCAGCUAGGAGACAGCAUGAGGAGCCAUGAUAUGUCUGGGAUGUACUUCACCACCCCAGACAGGGAUAAUGACAGGGAAAGUAGUUUGAAUUGUGCUAUCACUUUUGAAGGAGGCUGGUGGUUUAAGAACUGUCACUUGGUCAACCUCAAUGGUCCUUGGUAUCCGGCAUAUUGGGCAAGUCCUUGGCAUCCUACAAUAACCAGUAGUAAAGAGAUUAAGGAGACUCUCAUGAUGAUAAAACCUCACUGA